UUCAAACACUUCACAACAAUUUGCAAUUAUCUUUUGCGCUCCCGGAGCUGCAAUGGAGGCACUCCUAAACUCUUCGUCCUCAGUUUGUUUCAUACUAAAUGCUCCUAAAAUGGCUAUCACCACUGGUUCUUUGCUAAGGGAUCCAAACCUAUAUAUGAAAGCUGCAAAUGGGUACUCUUCCUUAUCUCUUUCGGCCCCAUUUACUACGCACAAGCUCUCUGUUGCAUUUAGGGACUCGGUGAUAGUGGGGGCAAAGAACAGCAAGAACAAGAAGGCAGACGGUCAUAGCUUUGUGCCAAAGCCAGACGAGGCCACUGGGCCUUUCCCUGAAGCUGUGCUCCUUAAAGAGAAGAAAGUUCAGGAUGGUAAACUUCUGCCUGAGUUUGCCGAUGAAGAAGAAGAAAAAUUCUAUGAAACUCUGAUGCUUCAGCUAGAAAGUGAAACAGCUGUGGAACAAAUGCGCCACUAUGAAGUGGUUUAUUUAAUUCAUGAGAAGCAUGCAGAAGAGGUUGGAAAUGUUAAUGAGAAAGUUCAAGAUUUUUUAAGGGAGAAGAAAGGCAAGAUAUGGAGACUGAGUGAUUGGGGUAUGAGAAGAUUAGCAUACAAGAUAAACAAAGCCAAGAAUGCCCACUACAUCUUAAUGAACUUCGAGUUAGAAGCAAAAUGGAUUAAUGAUUUCAAGGGCAUGCUAGACAAAGAUGAAAGGGUCAUUCGGCAUCUCGUGAUAAAGAGGGAUGAGGCAAUUACAGAGGAUUGCCCUCCGCCUCCCGAGUUCCACACCCUGCGUGCAGGUACAGAUGAUUAUGAUGAAGAGGAAGAAGAUAUUGAUUAUGAUGAUGCCUAUGACUAUGAAGAUGACAAAGAGGAUUGGGAUGGGGAAGGUGAGGAGGGUGAGAUGGAAGAUUAUGAUGAUGAAACUGAGGAUGGGAUUAUUGCUGUCAAGAAUGAAGCUGGUGACAGAGAACAUAAGAAUAAUAUAUCGGCUAUUGCAAGAAAUAAGGGAAGAAAGAAUCUGAGAUCUGAGAAAGUAGGUAGGUAAUGUUUUGUUCUACACUUAUACUAUGUUUUUUGGUUUGUGAGAAUCUCAUAUUAGGUUGAUGUGUAUUGUACUUCAUGUAUAAAUUUGACAAUCUUUAAUCGUAUUUCGAUAAAGAUAUGAAAUCGUGCAAUCUAUUGAAUA